ACUGCCAUAAUACGCUCACACAUUUUAAACUUUCCGAGCGUUCAUAAUAUCGAAUAUGCCUUUACCGAAAUACAAUGGACCGCAUAUUGUGGGCGACGAUGGCUCCGAUGAAAGUCCACCAUUCUCCCCUCCAUCGGUGUUGAUGGCUGACGAGGAGCUGUCCGAGUCAUCUAGCGAAGAAUCGUCCAGCGACGAUUCAACGGAGUCCGAGGAUUCCAACGAGAGUACCAGCUCUGAGCGAUCGCCUGUUCUUGGUGAAAACGAAAGUCAACUCAUGGCUAGCUAUUUGGAGCCGGAAGUUAUGCCGCCAGAUGAAGAUAAUGGUCCCAUUAUCGAGAUAGACCCUACGACACAGCAGCAGGACGCUCCGGACGGUGACUUGGCCAACGCUGAGCCAAGCUUGCCACAAAUUGGUUCAAUCAUGCAGGACGCUCCGAUUAAUGGCGACAUGGCCAACGCAAACGAAAACUCAAUGUCGCCACAAAGAGGUUCACUCACUGAAGUCGAUUUUCAUGGAUACUGUAACACAGUGUACAAGACGGCAGCUUCUACUCAAACAUCUGAAAGCGAUAUUGAAAAUGAUAUGCCGUCCAAUCGCCGUCGACGCACCAUGCCGGCAAGUUUCGAAGAUCCAGAAUCGAUUGGAGCGCGUGUGUCCAAGCGUGGGAGAUGCAGCACUAGCUCAGGCGGAUCCAUUGAGUUGGCGAAACCACUCGACGUAACCAACUACUUUCAGGAGGUGUCUGCCCUCUUUGUAAGGGAGCGCGUGGAACUGCUGGCUUUUGCAGAGUAUUGUAAAAUCUCAGAUCGCGCCUUAGGGAAGGCCGUCGCACGUUCCAAGCAACGCCAGGAGCAAGGCCGCAAGUAGUGCUCCCACAUGCACAAGAUUUUA